CUCCCUCCCUCGCUCCUCUUUCCGCCUGUGCGAUCAACAGGAAGCGGAAAAAGAGCGACGGAGAAGAACCGGAAGCGGGAGUAGGAGUUGGAGCAGCAGCAGCAGCAGCGGCGGCGGCGGCGGCGAGGAAACAGGAGGAGUGGAAGUCAUUGGCGACGGAAGGAGCGGAGAGGGAAGGGACGAGGUGGAACCGCGCGCGCGGCGCGCGCUAUCCUCGCAUCGACCUGGAAUGCCGACCGUCGCGAUUGUUUUGACGUCGCCCGCCCCGUCGGCGGCUAUUGCGCAUGAAAAAAAUCGCGCGUUGCCCUUGGCAGUAGCCUAUUUACCAAGAAGAGCGCGGGACGGCCUACGACUACGCCGAUAAGGGGGCGAAUUUCGGCCAAGCAGCCGUCCACCUGCGAGUAGCAGCAACAGCAACAACAACAACGGCAGCUCACCGCCGUCCGCCACGCGUCUCCUCGACACAUCGUAACACGUUUUCCACGAAAGUCCGGACGGGACGGGACAAGACGCGCGCGCGUUCGCUCGCUCGCGACCGAAGAGCAGAGGGAGAGAGAGAGAGAUAGAGAGAACACGCCUUGCCGUGAACCUUCCCCCGCCUGCCUGCUUACCGCCGCCGCCGCCGUCGUCGUCGUCGUCGUCGUCGUCGUCGUCGUCGUCGUCGUCGUCGUCCCUCUCACUCCCUCCCGCCCUCCCGCCGUUCGCGCGCUAGUCCGCUCGCGUGUGUGUUGCGCUCUCCGUCUGUUUGCUUGGCCGUCCAUCCGUUCGCGUUUGUCCGUCUGCCCGUCUCUGUCGCUCUAUGUGUGCGUGUGCACUCGUUCGCUCGCGCAUACCGGUGUGUAUACACGUCAACCGUCGUGGACCACGCAGUAAAUCGUGUUAUUCGGAGCGAUAAACAGGUGCACCGCACCACACGGUGCCGCUCAUCGAAUCGUUCGUUUCUUCGCACGCACGGGCGACCGCACUUCGUGGUAGCCGCUCCUGCACCUCUCGACGACUGUCAUCGUCAUUGGAAAUCGUACGGAUUAUUCGCGCGCGCGCGACGUACCUCGUCCGAGCCGUUGGAGCCUCGGGGAAGUAUUGUUGCGUGCGAACGUUCCGCGAACGGUUUCCUCGGCGAUAUGUACCGAGAUCGGUGGCGGGCGAAAUUAGACGAAACCGCGUGACAGGUGGAUUCGAGGCGUGCCGAGACAUCGAGGGAAAGAGACGACGGAUAAGGGAGAGACACAGAGAGAGAGAGAGAGAGAGCGCGCGAGGCGGCCAGAGGGAGGGAGCGAAACGAGAGUGAGAGAGUGCCGUCGCGACAUCUCGGAGACGUCGGGCGCGUUCGGCGUGAUCGCGGGAUCUCCUCCGACUGGUUUCGACGCCGUGGACGAAGAGAGAAGCGGGAGUGACCGAGAGUGUGUUGUGCUGUCGUAGCGGUAGUAUACACGUCGUCGACGUCUACCUCUACCUCCGUGGCAUCGUCAUCGUCAUCCUCGUAUUUGUCGUCUUUGUCGUUGCUGUCUCGUGGUCGCGGCGCGGUGACGCGACCUCGGUCGUGGCGGUAGCUGCUGCUGCGUGUUAUUGUUGUCGUUCCUUCCUAACCUACCUACAACGAGAGGUGGACGGCCGCGUGUCGCGCACAACCGCCGACUGCACGCCGAAGAAGGGAAGGAAGAGGCGGCGCAGCACGCCCUCGACGGAUCGCCGAUCGAGUGUGCCGCGAUCGUUAUCGUCGGCGAGCAGCGGUGAACGUGAGAAAGAGAGAAGAUAGCUGGAAGGAGAGGGAAGGACAGACGGAUCCUAUUCGAACGAGCCCGAGAGCGCGCGGGGAAUCCCGUCGCUUCCGACGUGAUGAAUUUCCGCGCUGCUGUUGUGCGUCGCGCGGUCACUCGUUGAGGACAACGACGCACGUGUGACGACGACGAAGGCUACGUGUGCUUCUUGCGAGUGAGAGAGGGGGAUAGAGAGAGAGAGAGAGAGAGAGAGAGAGAGAGAGGGAAGGAGAAGAGGGAGAGAAAAAGGACGACAGUUUCUUCGUAUCCGUUCGCAUGCACGAGGAGAAAGAACGUGGAGGAGGAAGACGGUGGGCUGUAAGGGCAGAGGUAUCAUGUGAGUGAUACCAGCACGAGAAACCCGAGCACCACGUCGUGUACGCGCGCUGCCCCCGAGGAGCAGAGUCUUGGACCGGUGAGAAGCGCUGUAGCUGGCCACCACGCCGCUCUUCGUCGUGCUGACGAUGGCAUCGUCGAGCAGGGGCCCGGCGUCGCCCUUGGGCGGGCCCAUCAUCCGCUGCGGCCACCUGAAGAAGAUGAAGACGCUGAAGAAGAAGUACUUCGUGUUGCGCGGCGAGGCGCCCGGCUGCCUCGCCUGCCUCGAGUACUACGACAGCAAGAAGAAGUUCGAGAACCGGCACCCGCCUAAGCGCAGUAUCCUGCUGCACAGCUGCUUCAACAUCAACAAGCGCGGCGACACCAAGCACAAGCAUGUGAUCGCGCUCUACACGAAGGACGAGUGCUUCUGCCUGAUCCUCGACAACGAGAAGGAGCUGGACGAGUGGCUGCAGGCCAUGCUGAGGCUGCAGAGCGGCGACGUGCCCGACGGGGAACAACCGCGGCCUACAUUUGAACACGUAUGGCAAGUCACAAUGCAAAGGAAAGGUCUAGGGGCGCGAAAGAACAUCCAGGGACCCUACAGAUUAUGCCUCACCGAUCAAACUUUAAGUUUAGUGAAGAUUGGGGAACAGGAUAACUCGGACUCUAUCGAGAUCUUCCUGCAUUUCGUUAGACGUUGUGGAUUCGCGAACGACAUAUUCUACAUUGAAGUCGGUCGAUCCGCCGUGACUGGGGAUGGUGAGUUCUGGAUGGCGGUCGAAGACAACAAUAUCGCGCUCAAUAUGUAUGACGUGAUAACGACCGCGAUGAGAAAUUCGAAGAGCAACAAGGAUGAGGUGGGCCCUCGUCAAAGGAUGCGUAGUUCCUCGGCUAAUGAAGCCAGCAGGCCGAUAUCCGUUCUUCAACGACGGCAUACGGGCCAAAGGCUUCAUGGCUUUUCGCCUCUGGAGGAACAGAAGACACACAAGGAGCAAGUGGAACCGUUGCAGGAGCAGAUUGCUACUUCCUGUGCUCCUACACAGUGUAGUCAAUCUCGGAGUACCACCUCCACCAAUACAGUCACGGGUACGACUGGGCGCGAUCGGUGUGACAGUUUGCCGUCGAGGGCUCGCACCACCAGCGAGGGUCAGCCGACCGCGGUAGUGUUGAGCCAUCCCAGAGGAACCCAUAUCAUGUCCCACGUGCCACGACCGCACUCCAUGUGCGGGCGCGGCCUUUCGUACUCGCCGCCGAUCGCGUCGAUGCCCAUCAGCCCGGCAUCCGACGUGUGUUCGUCGGACUCGGCCGGCUCGUCACCUUCGAUGGACGAUUGCGGCGAGAACAUGUCCGAAGAAGGCACCGUUUCGCGAUACGGGCACUCCUUGACGCCGGACGAGCAGCCGGUGAUCUUGGACAAGAAGGGUGAGGAUUACGCUCCCUGGUCUACGUCGCAUCCGCACCUCAAAUACUCGCCAAACUUCAAGUCUCAUUCGCCCUCUCAGAGUUCCUACGGUGAAAUGUACAGUCCCUGCGGCUCGAGUCCAGGCCGCGGUGGCGCGUACAUACCCAUGAGCCCCGCGACGACGGUGCACUCGCAUUCCCGCGCGUCGUCCCUCGUGGAGGAGAGCAACGCGUUGCCGGACGGUUACGUGCCGAUGGCGCCGGUGGGAGACGACGGCUACGUUGACAUGGACCCUGUAAAUAGUCACAACGGUCACUUCCCGGACGACAUGUCGCAGCACGAUGGCAGCAGCUGUUCCGUCACCUCCGGCACGCCCAGCACCGACCUGCGCUUCUCCGAGUACCAUUUGGACAAGGUGACCAGCUUCUUAGCUCCCGGUGAGGAUCUACAAGCCAGACCGACCAGAGCUUACUCGGUCGGAUCUAGACCGGAGCCUGCGAACAGGCAUCGUAAAAAUAGGUUGGACAUCACCCCGCAAGAUUCCAGUAGAGUGCGAGCGUUUUCCGUAGGCAGCCGGUCCAAGAGGCCCGAGAUUGGAAGGCUGGCCAAUGUGGUCACCGCCCCGUUACCAGCCGGCUCCGACGGCUCGAAUUCGAACAAGUCGAGCUCGGCGCCGUUACUGUCGAGCUCGUGGGGUCACAAUUCUGGUUGCUCCGGUGCGUCCGAUCGUAUGGAGGAUCUCAUGGAGUUGGACUUUACGAAGCCCAAUGUUCCUACCGCUCUCUCCUCGCCACCGUCAUCUUAUCCUCAGCCUCAGUCGCAGCCGCAAUCGUACUCUACUGCCACUACCGACACUAGUUCCUAUGUUGACAUGUCGCCAGGACAACCCCCCGUAUCGACCACUGCCCCAUACGUCGAUAUGAGUGGCAUGAAUAAGAUCAAUCGCAAUAACAAUAACAAUACAAUCACUGCCAACCACAAUCAUAGCCACAUGCAUAUAUCAUCGUUAGCUUUCGUCCAUAAACCUGUAAUUACGACUUUAAAGCCGGUAGAGGAAGCGGAGGGACCUUACAUGAGGAUGGACGGUACCGCGGAGGAUUGGUCGCAUUCGGAAGUGAGCCCGAAGCAGGUGUCGUCACCUAUGCAGGAGGACAUCUAUCAGACGAAUGGACCACCAGGUAGUACAAGAACGGCACCGGUAGAUUUGCCGCAACCGAGGCGUCCACCGGAGGGCUACGUCGAGAUGUCGUUCAAGGCACGUCCAAGUCUGGACCAGGACUACAUGAACAUGAGCAUAGGCGCGAACAACCGGAACAACCGCAAGACAACGCGGAUGGGCAGUCGCAAGGAAAAGUCGUCGCGGUCGCAACCUAUCGCGAUCCAGGCGGGUAGUAAGCCGUCAAAGACCCCAAGCUUUUUGCCACUGAACGGCAGCCCAACGUCCGAGAGCCUGGCAAGCACACCUGCCUCGCCACCGCGAGCGACACCCACGGGCUCUUCCGCCACGAUCUUCCCCUUUUCAUUGAACAGUCCACAGUCGCCGGUGAAGCCGUUCACGGAACAGAAGAAGAACGAGGACUUCUCCGCGACGACGGACGACGUCUCGUCGAACAACGAUUACGCGAUAAUGGAACCCGUGAAGAAGCUCGUCUGUAUGCCGUGUCCCGUGACGUCGAUGACGACGGACACUACGCACGAGCUCACGUCGCGCACAAAUCACGAGAAACCACCUAGUAGUCCCAUAGGCAAGAUCGUCGCACGGAUUAUAACGAACUCGCAGCUGCCGCAGGAACAUCAGCAUCACGCGAUAGGCCCAUUGACGAAGAGACUCUCGGAUCUGACAGUGCCGAAACCGCGUCUCGUCACGGCCUCGCCGAACACCAGCCCCACUUUGACGGGUUUCAAACCGUCGUCCAUUGUGCAGAAUCAGCCGGUGCUGCUGCUGAAGGCACCUUCGCCCAAGUUCAUCGACGAGACGCCCACGCCCACGCCGACACCCACGCCCACACCGAGUCCAUUGAACAGCGAAGGCUACGACAAGCUGCAACCGGGCGCGACGAUUCUGCACUACGCUAGUCUCGAUCUACCGGAGACGCUCAUCGGCGCAACGGCGACGACGACGACUAUGACGACGACGACUACGACGACGACAACGCGAUAUGGGCUGACGCCUCUUGUGUUCCCUACGAUAGCAACGAGUAGGCACAGGGUAUAUAAUAUCGAUCGUUCUGACAUUGGCUCGGCUGGUCUAAACGAGAAUAGGACGCCGGGUAGGAAUAUAUUGUGUAUAUAUUAUAUAAAAAUUCGUUUCUUCGCUCCACAAGUCUGACGGCACUCGCCACUUGCCGUUCGCCGAUCUUCCUAGCGUGACGGUCUUGGCGGUCUAUUUUAAAUCGUUUGAGGAAGAGAAGGUGGGAGAAAAGAAAAGAACAAGCGUCGUUAGUACCUAUAGUUCUGGUUGUACUGCAUUAAUAUUGUAUUUUAUCGGAAUGAUGUGAAAUUCUUUUUAGCGUAGACGCGAAAUAUGUAUAUUUAUUUCCGCGGCUAAUUCCGUGGGUAGCCCGCAAAAUCUGUUUGUAUGUGCGUGUGCGUGUGUGUGUGUGUGUGUGUGUGUGUGUGUGUACACCGCUUUUAUAACGUUGAAACGGCCGAUAUAAAAGAGAGAGAAAAGAAGAAAAAGAAGAUGAAUUCAGCAGGUCACUGAAUCGCGAGAGGGAAGAUGUUAUAUUUUAUUCAGUUAAAUAAUAUAAACGUCUUAAAUUCUAGUUUCUGUUAGCAGAUUCGCUCGUUGUCUCGUAAAAUUUAUCCUAUUUUGUAUUAUAUAUUUUAGAUGCUGACAAGCCAAAAAGAAAAUAAAAAA